AUGACCCCUGGAGGUUCAAACUCUGAGCUUCUGCUAGAGAAAGAGGAGGCGCGCAGAGAAGACUGCAAACUGUUGGCCCCUGAGACCACUCUGUUGCAAAACAGAUUACGGUCCAGGUUGCACAAAGCGCUGUCAAUGCAUCACUUCCUGCAGCUUCCAGGGGUGAAAGGGUCGCAGGACGGGGUCCACUCCGGGGUUCUGCAGCGCAGCCCGCGGAGCCCCAUCAGGGUGUGCGCGUCCCGCUGCGCGCGAGGGGCGAUGCCUCAAACACCAGCCGUCCCCAGGACGCGACAGAAGCUCCGCUGCCCGGGACAGCUGCUUUUCUUCCCACAUCGAGCUGCAAGCCUGCGCGUGAUGGCAGAUGAGAGCCGGGGGAAGCGCAGGAAGCAGGCCAACCCGAGGAGGAACCGAGUGGAGGCUGAGGUGGUGAGCUUGCUGGGAUCUGAGGAAGAGGAUGAGGCGGCUUUGUGGAGCUUUGAGCCCCAGGACCGUCAGGAGGUCCUGGACAAGACGAGCCUGACGCCCAGCGAGGCGACGGAGGAGCCCGGCAGCCCCGCCCACUCCACACGGCCCCACAGCUUCAGUCCUGGCAGCAGGACUUGCUGGGACCUUGUGGAGUCAAAGGCCAAGGCCGAGGAGGACGCCCUCUACAUAACCACUGACAGGGACGGAGAGCAGGAACCUCUGAGAAUGCACUGUAAGAACUCAGACUCCCAGAAUGCUUUGGAGGAUCUAGCCCACUACGAAUAUGCGGCCAGUGUGAAGAAGAACUCCCCCUCGGCUCGGCUCCACCUGAACCAUAAUGGCGCGUCAGCUGUGCACUGUCCGAGCAGCAACUGUCCGAGCAGCAGGCAUGAUGAGCUGCCCGCUGCCAUCUGGUCCCCAGGAGCUCACUGCUCACCUGACGGAGCAGCUGCUGUCAGGAGCGACCGGCAGGCCUGUCCGUUCUGCCACAGACUGUAUGAACGAGGAGCUUCUUUAAGGGACCAUGUCAGAUACUGUCAGGAGAGAGAGGGGGGGCCCCUGUCCUGUCCUCUCUGUGGAUACACUGCCCCCCUCAGGUCGCAGAUGGAGCAGCACUUAGCACUUCACAACCAAAUGCAGGACAAGAGUGGCAUCACUUUGGAUCCAGGAAUGGAAGCCAGGAAGUUCAAAUGUCUGGAGUGUGGGAAAGCAUUCAAGUACAAACACCACCUCAAAGAGCAUCUUCGUAUCCACAGUGGUGAGAAGCCUUAUGAGUGCUCCAACUGCAAGAAACGUUUCUCUCACUCCGGCUCCUAUAGCUCUCAUUUAAGCAGUAAAAAGUGCCUAAGUGGUGGAGGACAUGUCGGGGGAGGCAUGGGAAGUACCAGUGGAAUGAUUAAUGGACAUGGUCAAAACUCUUUCCACCAUUUACUCCCUACGUCUCCCUCUGCUGGCAGAAGUAGAUCCAGUAAUGACAAUGGCGCUCUGUUUCCUUCACAAAUUCAGAAUCCUAUCAGAUCUUUGGGUCAGAUACCAGCAGAUUCUCACCAACUGUCAAUGCAAGACAUCAACCAGACCACAAGCUUUCCCAGUACAUCUGACCUGGCCAGGCUGUGGGACUGUUCUUCAGAGCUCUCUUUGAAGGCCAGCAUCCUGAAAAGGACAACUCUGAUGCCUUAUUUCCACCCUGGGACCAAAAUUGACCAGAUGCUUCAGGAGAUGUUUCACAGAAAUGGUAAGGUCGAUAUAGAAUUUGAAAGGUUUGGUGUGGAGGAAAGAAAUGUGGGUAAUCAUGAAGGGGCAGCUGAGAGGAAGGUAUCCCCCGAAAGAAGAAAAGAAGCAGUGCAACCAAAUGAAGCAGAUCAAGAUGUUCUCAAGCUAACGUGCCGCUGGUGCUCACAGCUCUUCCCGAAUGUUGCAGUGCUCCUGCAACAUGAGCGUAGUCUCUGCAAGGUCAACCGAGAAGCAAUUGAUGUUUCUGAGAUUUUUCAGAGGAAAGACCCAUCCUCACCAACUUUAUUCUAUCCCAGAUCUGCUCUCCAACCAGAAAACACCAAAAUGAGCGACAAAACCAAUGGGCUCUCAUCAUUACCAAAGCUCAGCUGGCACUCUGUGCCGCAACAGCUUUUAGUUGCGAUGCAAUCUCCUCCACUCCCUUGUGAUGCACUGCAUCCACAUGUGUACUUGUCCAGCCAGGAAAAGGCUAGCCCCAGUCAGCUGAUGCAACAUUCCCCAGAAAUGCCAUCACCUCGGGGCAGAAGAAGAGUUUCUUCCUCAGGAUUAAGUUCACCUUCCUGCCUCAAUGCCUCCAACUGUUCACCUGAAAUCUUGUCACAGAAAGAACCUGGAAGUCCCUGGUCUGGUCAGAAUGAACCACUGGACCUUUCUAUCCCUAAACAGACCCCAAAACAAAUUGAGAGAAACAAAAUUCCCAAUGGGAUCUCAGGGAGAGAAGACAGAAAAGACCUCAGGAUCCAACAGCUUGGUAGACCAAGUCCAACGUCACAACUUCCCCUGCACCAAUACCCAGUGUUUAGUGGGACUGGAGCUCCAGUGUUUCCAGGCUCUGUGUAUAACGGGUUUCCCAUCUUUAGCCAAUCUGGUAUUGGGCUUUCAGUUCAUGAUGGGAUGUUACCAACUUCAUUUAGCCAAACGGCUAAAAGCCCUGGGUUUCUACCUCCUGUGGCUUACAUGACGGACGCAGACGCAGAGGCUGUGUUGAAAAAGAUCUACCAGGAGAGACAAAGUCUUAUGGGUGAGGCUUUAAAACGAAGUGCUCUGGACUACCUCUCUUUUGCUGAUGAUGGAUUUGAUGGUGAAGGAGGGCCAGGAAGAAAAAGGUUGAAGAAAACAGAUGAGGGACUUUACGCUUGUGACAUCUGUGAAAAAACGUUUCAGAAGAGCAGCUCGUUGCUCCGACAUAAAUACGAACACACAGGCAAGCGUCCUCAUGAGUGCAAGAUCUGCAACAAGGCUUUUAAGCAUAAGCACCAUCUGAUCGAACACAGCCGACUGCACUCUGGAGAGAAACCCUACCAAUGUGACAAGUGUGGCAAACGCUUCUCCCACUCUGGCUCUUACUCCCAGCACAUGAACCACCGCUACGCUUACUGCAGCAAAGACCAGGAUCUGGAACAAGAGCAGGAAGAGAUGCCUCUCACCCCUCUGGUGGGCCGCCUCGCCGAAGACAAACUUCUGUCCAUGGAUGACACACAGACUGCCCACUCCUUCCUCAGCGACUCCAGUCUGGAUGGAGCUCUGGAUGCUCUCAAAGAAUGUGAGGAAGAGGAGGAAAGAGUUGGAACAACACACCAGAGUUUAUUGGAAGCAGCGGACGAGCUGGGAAGUAGUUCCAACCAGGAAUCCCCCACAAGAGAAGAGCAAAAUGGGCGAAACCAUUGUGAAGCAGGAAGCCAUAUUAAAACAGAGAGCCAUAUCUGGGACAGAGAUGCUGAGGACCAGAAUGAAGACUUGAACAAAUGUGAACUGAACCUGGACAUAACAGGGUUACAGAGAGUAAAAACUUAA